GGUUCCUGCAGCUUUGCUCCAUCCCCAUAGCUCACCUUGGGAAGGAGUGGAGGGAGGUGGCCCUGCUUGUGCAGAGACCUGCGGUGUGGAGAGCUACGGAGCAGCCAGAGGGAUCCAACCCCACUCCUUGUGACAGCCAUGAAGAGAAGCACCCUCCUCAUCCUCUCCAUCACAGGGGUCUACAGUGCCAUUCUCCACACAGCAGCAUGGUCUGUGAAUAACUUUCUGAUGACAGGACCUAAGGCUUACCUGACGUUCUCCAGUAGCGUGGCGGCCGGGGCACACAGCGGGAUGGAGGAGUGCAAGUUCCAGUUCGGCUGGGAGCGCUGGAACUGCCCUGAGAGCGCCCUGCAGCUCUCCACACACAACCGGCUCCGCAGCGCUACCCGGGAAACCUCCUUUGUGCACGCCAUCAGCUCGGCCGGGGUCAUGUACACCCUCACCAGGAACUGCAGCCUGGGAGACUUCGAGAGCUGCGGCUGCGACGACUCCAGGAACGGCCGCGUCGGUGGCCGAGGUUGGGUCUGGGGAGGAUGCAGUGACAAUGUGGAGUUUGGGGAGAAGGUUUCCAAGCUCUUUGUGGAUGCCUUGGAAACGGGACACGACACCCGCGCGCUGAUUAACCUGCACAACAAUGAAGUUGGGAGACUUGCGGUGAAAGACACGAUGAAGAGAGCCUGCAAGUGCCACGGGGUGUCGGGCAGCUGCAGCAUCCAGACCUGCUGGCUGCAGCUCGCCGAGUUCCGCGAGGUCGGCAACUACCUGAAGAUCAAAUACGACCAAGCGCAGAAGCUGGAGAUGGACAAGAGGCGCCUGAGAGCCGGCAACAGCGCCGACAGCCGCGGGGCCACAGCAGAGACCUUCCACCACAUCCACGCCACCGAGCUCGUCUUCCUGGAGGACUCCCCCGACUACUGCACGAGGAACGCCAGCCUGGGCCACCACGGCACCGAGGGCCGCGAGUGCCUGCAGGGUGGCAGGAACCUGUCGCAGUGGGAGAAGCGGAGCUGCCGGCGGCUGUGCACCGAGUGCGGGCUGCGCGUGGAGGAGCGCAGGACCGAGGUAGUGGCCAGCUGCAACUGCAAGUUCCACUGGUGCUGCACCGUGCGCUGCGAGCAGUGCCGGACGCUGGUGGCCAAGCACUUCUGCACCCGCCGCGACUCCGCCGCCCCCAACCACAGCAGACAGAGGAGCAGGGGCCACAGGAGAUAGGGGAGGCCUUUUGGUGUCCUCAUGCUGGGGAAGGAAGGUUGGGUGUGCACCCUGUGAGGUGCUGGGGUCUCCUGUGGAUGUAGGAAGCACAAGGCGUGGGCGCUGAGGGACCACGGUCCAUCUUGCUUUCAUGUCUUUCCCUCAACAUUUACCGGUAGCUUCUUUCUUCUCGGGAGUCACUUUAUCUGUGUGUUGGACAGAGGGAGGAAUUCCAUGGUCUAUGCAGGCUCAACCCCUUGUGCCCUUGCCAUGGGGUCUGCCAAUGACAGCAGUGGGGCUCCAGCCCCCAGCCACAGAGGUGGGAACAGGUGCUGUGGCAGGUCCAGCCAGGUGAUCCCAUCCCUGCAGGCUCUGGUCCCCACUGUUGGUGCACAGCAGCUGCUUGGCAGCAUCUCUGGAGGAAAACUUAUGCACUUUGUGAUGUGAGAGGAGGUUUGACAGUGUCGUGGUGUGUAUUACCAUAGCUGCAGCCUUUUGAGGGCUUUGAAAAGUUUACAGUCAGUGUUUACAUAUUUCCCUCCCCACCUUUUUUUUCUCCUCCUUAUUGAAUUUUGUAUUCUGGCACAAGAAGCCUUGCCCCAAAUAGACAAUAGCUUCAUGUAUUUGUACUGGAUAAAAUUAAGCAUUUUACAGUUCCUGUACUUUUUUUUUUUUAAUUAGCAGAUAAGAAUUCAAAAUUCUUUAUGCCUAAUGUUGUUUAUUAAUAAAUUGUAUUAUUGCUUAGCACAAUCUGUUUUCACUAUAUAUUUUGAAGGCAUCCUUUA